UGCACGGAGCCCCUGAGCCGUCCUUCGCCGCCCCGCGCGAGGCGACGCCUGGCGCGGCCGGCGCUGGGCGGGACAGGAGGGGACACAGGGGACCCUGCCGCCGCCGGCCGCGCGCGCCGCUGUCCCGCCGUCCUGAGCCGUCGGGCUUGUCUCUGCCAAAGGACAAGGACCUCGCCCCCAAGGACCUCCGAAGAGGCGGGAUCUCUCCGGGAAGGGGAAGCAGGAUUUCGUAGUGUGGCUUGAAGAUGAGGCAGGUAUCUGGAGUGGCGCUCCUCCUGGGGCUGAUGGCUCUCCCAGCGGCGCUGGGACAGAGAAGCUCGGAAAGCCAUAAGAAUAGCAACCAAAGCUUUGCCAUCGUCUCUUUCAAAUGGGAUCACGUCAAGGAGCCCUAUAUCAUUGCACUCUGGAUACUCGUGGCCAGCUUGGCCAAAAUCGUUUUCCACUUGUCCCACAAAGUCACUCGGGUGGUACCAGAAAGCGCUCUGCUGAUUGUCCUUGGUCUUUUCCUCGGUGGCAUUGUAUGGGCAGCAGAUCACAUUGCCUCCUUCCCCCUGACACCAACUGUAUUUUUCUUCUAUUUGCUUCCCCCCAUUGUUUUGGAUGCUGGGUAUUUUAUGCCAAAUAGAUUGUUCUUUGGAAAUCUUGGCUCCAUCCUUUUGUAUGCCGUCAUUGGGACAGUGUGGAAUGCUGCCACAACUGGUUUAUCUCUCUACGGUGUCUAUCUGACAGGAAUAAUGGGUGAACUUCACUCUGGACUGCUGGACUUUCUCCUGUUUGGCAGCUUAAUUGCUGCUGUGGAUCCUGUAGCUGUUCUGGCAGUGUUUGAAGAAGUCCAUGUCAAUGAAGUUCUAUUCAUCAUUGUUUUUGGAGAAUCACUUCUGAAUGAUGCUGUAACUGUGGUGCUGUACAAUGUGUUUGACUCUUUUGUUGCGAUAGGUCCAACGAAUGUGACAGGAAUUGAAUGUCUCAAAGGCAUAGUGUCAUUCUUCGUGGUGAGCCUUGGUGGGACACUGGUUGGAAUUUUCUUUGCAUUCCUGCUCUCAUUGGUCAGUCGUUUCACCAAGCAUGUGAGGAUCAUUGAACCUGGAUUUGUGUUUAUCAUUUCCUACCUGUCAUACCUCACAGCAGAGAUGCUUUCUCUUUCUGCCAUCUUAGCGAUAACCUUUUGUGGCAUUUGCUGUCAGAAAUAUGUCAAGGCUAACAUAUCUGAACAGUCUUCUACAACUGUAAAAUAUACUAUGAAAAUGCUAGCCAGUGGAGCAGAAACUAUUAUCUUCAUGUUCCUGGGUAUUUCGGCUGUGGAUCCAAAUAUCUGGACAUGGAAUACAGCUUUUAUUCUGUUGACUCUGGUCUUCAUUUCUGUAUAUAGAGUUAUUGGUGUCAUUAUACAGACGUGGAUUCUUAACCGCUACAGAACUGUCCAGCUGGAGAUAAUAGAUCAGGUGGUGAUGUCCUACGGUGGACUACGAGGAGCAGUUGCUUUUGCUCUUGUUGCACUUCUGGAUGAGAAUAAAGUAAAAGACAGAAACCUGUUUGUCAGCACGACUAUCAUUGUUGUGUUUUUUACUGUUAUAUUCCAGGGACUGACUAUCAAACCUUUGGUACAGUGGCUGAAAGUGAAGAAAACUGAACACAGAGAACCAAAACUGAAUGAGAAACUUCAUGGCAGAGCCUUUGAUCACAUUCUUUCUGCUAUAGAAGACAUUUCUGGACAAAUAGGGCAUCAUUAUCUGAGAGACAAGUGGUCCAAUUUUGAUAGGAAAUACCUCAGAAAAAUACUGAUGAGAAGGUCUGCUCAAAAAUCAAGGGACCAAAUCCUUAAUGUUUUCCAUGAGCUCAACUUGAAGGAUGCAAUUAGCUAUGUGGCUGAGGGAGAACGUAGAGGUUCACUGGCCUUUAUACGUUCUCCAAGUACAGACAACAUGGUAAAUGUGGAUUUCAGCACUCCGCUCCCAAGCACCGUGGAAAGCUCUGUCUCUUAUUUAUUGAGAGAAAAAGCUGGACCGGUUUGCCUUGACAUGCAAGCUUUAGAGCAGAGAAGGAAAAGUAUCCGGGACACAGAAGAUACCCUUGCUCAUCACACUCUACAGCAGUACCUGUAUAAACCCAGGCAGGAGCACAAACACCUGUACAGUCGACAUGAGAUCAUGCACAGUGAAGAUGACAAACAAGACAAGGAGAUUUUCCAUAGGACAAUGAGGAAGCGCUUAGAAUCUUUCAAGAGUACCAAACUAGGAAUAAACCAUUCCAAGAAGCUCAAUAAAAUCCACAAACGAGACCGGGGCCAAAAAAGGAGAAAUAGCAGUGUCAUACCAAAUGGAAACAUUCCUUCAGAAAAUCCAGUCCAAGAUUUUGCUUUGAAGGAAAAAGAUGUGGAGUUUUCUGAAUCAGAAGAAAAUAAUGAUUAUGAGACUUUGCAUCUAGGCAAAGGAGUUGAUUUCCUGGCUAAUGUGGCAAAACAAAAUUUCACAGAUGCUCCUGCUGGUGAUAUGGACCACGAUGUUGAAAUGACAGAAUACUCCUCUUCAGAUGAUCAACUAAACCAAAAUGGAAGUGUUUCAGUGAAUCCCCUCCACUUCUUCCCCUCUUGCCUUCAAAUGCCUUGGACGCAAAACUAUUCUUCAUUGGAAAACAGAGGGAAUAUAUCUCUUUCUGCUGUUUCUGAGUACAUUGCUUCAUGUGACCCAAAUGUACCUGAUCUCUUCUGGGAAUCGGGUACAGAUAUCAAUAACAAAGAGACAGUAAACUCAGGUUAUUGUUCUGAAGUUAGCUUCAAGUCAGAGAAUUCACAAGAAGAGAAUACUUUGCUUAUGUUUGAAGGGCUGGAAGACUCCUACAUGAAGGACCCCCAAGAGAAGAAAAUGUUGCUUGAUAUAGAAGGGAAUUACAGGUCUGCUGCAGCCAGACGUGUACAAAGCCGACGUUCUUUCCACAGGCCAAAACCUCUGCAUCACCCUAAGCUUCAGAAGCUGGCAUCUCUUCCAGCAUCUUGCCAUGUCCCGCCACAUUCCUUGGAACAGGAGGAAACACAGUUGUGAGCAAGGACUUAAUUGAAAGAAGAUGAACAAAAGGCUUUUGUAAAAAUAGAAAUCAACCUUUUUGUUCAUAGGAUCUGCUCUAAUAUGGCUUCAGAUGGAAAAGGAGUGGGGUCCUGUGAUGUCAGAAACACUUGAGCUUUUCUGAUGCACUUACAUUUUUAAGUUCCUAUUCAUAAUGAAAGGGUGCAUAGUGAGAGGGAAUUAUGACUCAUUAUUUUUUUCACAUAGACUGUUACAAAUUAUUAUUUUUGGAGGAAGGCUAAAACUUUUCAAAUGGUAAAUCCUUGAUGGUUUUGAGAUGGAGAUAGUUUAUUAUGCCAUUACGCCAUAAAUACAUUUAAAGGAAAAGGCUGCAUUUGCUGCUUCAGUAAUGGAAUUAAGCAUUUAUGCUCUAUGAAAUUUAAGUAGAAGAAGACAAUGGUUAGCCUCUUCCCUGCUAAGUCUACUCUGAUUGAAAUGGAUCAGUGCCUUUUAUAAGUGCAAGCUACAGAAAAAAUAUUUUCCUUGAAUACUUGUGUCACUGAGUAAUUGUGGAAUAUUGACUCUCGUGUAAAACUUUCCAGGGAGAGGAAAGUCCUGGAACCUUGAAGUUUAAUCAAGUGCUCCAAGAGGGCCGUUUCCUUCCUUCACCUUCACUCCCUCAACUCGGUUGCACUGGAAUGAAAGAACAUCCAGGAUUAGCUCAGAAUUUUAAUUUGCACGGUCAGAAGCAAUUAAUUUCAUUUUCUUAAUCAAGCUGCCCUACUUUAAAUAGUCUCACUCAGACAGAAGUGUAAAUAUUUUUCAUUUUUACUGCUGCUUUGGAAGACAACUUCCAAAUGCUGUUAGAUUAUCAUGUUAAAUUAUGUGUCAUUUUCAAUACCUGAUCAGGAUAGUGAUCUCUCAGAUGGUGUUCUGCAUUUUGCCACAUGGUUUAAGUGCCACAAAGACUCAGGAUGCUGACGGUUCAAAGUAUUGUACAGAGGCAGUUUGGCUACUGUGCGUGUAUAUACCUACUUGUAUUAGGAAUGUCCUUUAUUUUUGUACAUGAUUUUCUGUCAAAUGAUAGUUAUGAUUGCACUACACACUUACUGUAUAUGAAUUAGAUCUACAUCACCUUGAAGACAGAUAGAGACAUCAGUGAAAGCCAAUUCAGAUGAAGACUAAAUAAAAGCUCAAACUCUGAGACCUCUCAUAGAUGUAUAAUACUACAUGCCUGUUUAUAGUCCUCUGGCUAUUUUGCCUUGGAUGAUUCCAUUCUUGAAAUUUCAGCUUGAAAUCUUCAGUGGUAUAAAUUGUAAAGGUUCUAUGACUUUAAUAGGAGAGUGAUUAGCCACUUCUGCGGUCCUAAUGUGUUCCUACUUUCUAUUUAAAAUCAAUGUAAACCAUUUGUAAAUGAGCUGUCACCUUCAGGGAGGUAUCUGAAUUGUUUAAGACUGGAUCCUGGACAGUGGCUUUACGUGGUAAAUUUUACUUUAUCUAUAGAAAUUAAUGAUUGUUUCACUCUACCUACCCAGAUUUUGAAUGGGUUUGAGAUGAUUCUGUGACAGAUAUCAAAACUGAGAUUUACCCUGACACCCAAGAAGAGCGGAUGUCCACAAUUUUUUUCUAUCUUUGUCCUGUAUCCAAAAUCUGUAUGUUAGGCUGGUGCAAAUUGCAGACAUGUGAUGGCAAAUACCAUAUACAAACCUAGACAGAUACAAAAUGUCCACCUCUAGAGACUAGACUCAGAGAGAAGUGGUUCUUUUGGUAUAAACCCACAAGCAGCUGCCUGUUUGUCUGUCAUUGUGGGCAAUGAUUCAAAUCAGUGUCCCUAACUGGAAAGCUUCAUCACCCAAAGCUAGUCUUGUUAAAAUUCAGUAAUAUAAAUACCAUUUUUGUGAAACUGAGUACAUGUGAACAUACUAUUUUGAUGAAGUAGAGCAUAUUAAUGCCGUUCUAGAUAUUAUAAUUAGAACAAGUAUAUUAGUAAUUGGCAUAGAUACGUAACAGGACCAUGACUGAUCCCAAAUGUUAGUACAGAUAAAGUGCAAUGUGCCAAAAAUCUGCCCUGCUCUCUCAUAGCAUAAUGCUGAAGUUCCAACAUCAAAAUUUGCAAGAUGCUCAUCAGGUGUUGACUUUGAAAUAAAACUUUUCUUUCUUAUUGAUAUCAUACAGAGGUAGGUCAUUGCUGUGCUGCAGUCAGAAAGAGAACUACACUGUGGACUGUUUUUCUGCAUGCUUGUUAGACCAUUACCAAUCUGGUUUUGUACACUUCAAAGGUAGGAAUCUCAAAGAAACAUUUGUAAAUUGUCAUCAGGAGAUGGGAGUUUUCACCACAUAUAUGUUGCACAAACAAGAGUAUGCAAUUUUGAAAAUCACAUAUGUUUUUAUUGUUCUUGUAAGCUUUUAGUCUAAAUAAAAAAGGAUCCAUAGACAUUACCAUAUUUACAAACACAGCAGUCUCUGUGAAAAGUCAGCAGGACCCUGUAUGUUUUUGAGAGGGCUGUGGGCUGUAGUAUUAUAAAACAGAGAAAUAUCACACCAUUUCAAACAACAGAAAUUGAAAGACACUAUAUACAAAGGGCUUACCUUUCUCUUUCAAGGGCCUUAGGCAUUUUCUAUAUGUUGCACCACUACAGUUGAGCAAAUGAAGGAUAAAACAGGCCAUUCUGAUAGUGAAGAGACCUUUCCUUGGAAUAUCUUGCAUAAUUCUUGAAGCUCUUCUGCCCCUGGAAGAGGUUCUAGUCGAAUUGAUUCCACAGCAAGGUUUUGUUUGUUGUAACUUCUCAGUUUGAAAUGUGAUGAAAAAUCUUUCAUGUCCCCAGUUUCCAUGUUUCAGAAUGUACCCAUAGUAGCUCAUAAUACUUGUAAUAGUUGAAUAUGAUUCCUUUUUUUAUCAAGGGCAACUGAUAAAUAGACACUCCCACUCUCUACCAGGGUAGAUACAAAAAACCCAACUUAUAACAGUUGAUAAUUUGUCAUACUUUUUUCUUUUUUUUGCAUACUCUUUCAUUGUACACUCACAUUUCCUGUGGUAUGUGUACCAGUGGGUGAAAGUGUUUGGCUACUUCUUCAGCAUGCUUUAAUCAGUCAAACACCAAUAAUUUCUAUCACAGCAAUAUAAAUUCAGAGCUGCUGAGGAUAUGGUUGUAAGUAUCAGCUAUUUUUGACCUGGUUUAUUAGAUUGGAAUGAUCAGUUGACAACUCAUUGACCUCUGAUGAGGCCACUUCAGUUCUUACUUCCCUGAAAACUCUGUCUCUACAUUUUUUUUUGUGACAUGCUCUGUCAGAGAAAGGAAAGCUUGGCAUUCCACAGAUGCUACUUAUUUAAUAAGUAACUAUGGCCUACCUUCUUGCAAAAACAUUAAAUGGAGAAUUAUUUUAUGUUCCUUCAACAUAUUUUGUUCCAUGAAUAAAGUUAUUUUUAACAAUGUUUAUUAUGCUGCACUAUGGUCUAGCAAUGUUAAAAAAACCCAGAAGUGUUGCUUGCAUUGAGAUGAAUUCUGUCUCUCUGAGCUGUGAACCUACUUAUUGAAAUAUAUGAAAUUAUGUUUUACAAAUACAUCGUCUAGUCAGAGAUUUAUGUAACAAAGGUUGCAAAACAAUCACGUGCCUUAAAUUGUCACUCUUUAGAGUGCUGUUGUUUGGAGAUACUUGUGUGUACUUUCCAAAAGGUGUCAACUUACUUAAUAUAUUUUUAAACAAGUGAAGUUGUUCUGCUAAUGUCUUUAUAGAAAUGUUUUAAUAGUAUAUCAGAAUGAGAAGUUUGGCAAUAAAUUGUAUCACUUUGGUGGAA